CAGUGAUGCUUUGAAAGGUUAUAUUACAUUAGAUGGGAGUGAUAUUAUAAAAGGGGAAUUACAAGUAAAAUUACCAAAUUAUAAUCCAUUAGAUAUAUUAAAAUAUUCGAAUAAAGUUUAUACAAAAGAAAGUGCUCUUGAGUUAUUGGAAACUGUUUUUAAAUAUUUAUCUAGUAGUAGAUCAGUAUUAAAUUAUGCAAAUCAAGAAAAAUUAUUUCCAUAUAAAAUUUGUGAUCCACAGAUGUUUAGUUCUAAUUUACCAGAAGAUUUAGUAAUUCAAUUUCAUGUUGAAGGAUCAUAUAUAGUAAAUUCUAUAUAUGCAUUACAAUUUCAUAAAUCUUCACCCAAAAAUGGUAUUUUGGGAACUUCCAAACAACCUCCUCCUAAAGUCUACCAAUAUAAAGAUAAAUAUGCAUAUGUAUUGGAUGAAGUUUUUGUUAAAUCAUUAGAUCCAAAGUUAGCGGAAGUAAUGGAAUGUUUAAAUAGGUUAGAACGUGAUUGUUUAGGUUGGAAAGGUAAGAUUGAAUUAUUUUGA